GCAUCUUCUGCAUCAACUCAGAGAUAUCAGCGAUGGCGAUGGCGAUGGCGAUGGAGCAGGGGCCGCAGCAGAGCGUGGAGCAGUUCAAGGGACAGGCUAGGCUUCCUAAGUUUGCCGUUCCGAGGCGCUACGACCUCUCAUUCAAGCCCGACCUCUCCGCCUGCACCUUCACGGGUGCCGUCCAGAUCACCAUCGAUGUCAUUGAUCCUACCCAUUUCCUGGUUCUCAAUUCGGCGGAGCUCGCUGUCCGAGAUGGCUCCGUAUCGUUCAAGAGCCAUUAUUUCGAUAAGGAGCUCCGGCCAUCAGAGAUCGUCUUGGUGGAAGGGGAUGAGAUCUUGGUGCUUAAGUUUGAUGAGGUUCUUCCGAUUGGAACUGGUGUUCUGGCCAUUGGUUUUGAAGGAACGCUUACUGAUCGGAUGAAGGGGUUUUAUAGGAGUGUUUAUGAGCACAAUGGGGAGAAGAAGAACAUGGCAGUUACUCAAUUUGAACCGGCGGAUGCGCGCCGGUGCUUUCCUUGCUGGGAUGAACCUGCAUGCAAGGCUACAUUUAAGAUAACUUUGGAAGUGCCCUCUGAGUUAGUAGCCCUGUCCAAUAUGCCAGUUAUCGAUGAGAAAAUUGAUGGAUCUUUGAAGAUGCUAUCUUUCCAAGAAUCUCCAAUUAUGUCAACAUAUUUGGUGGCUAUUGUGAUUGGCCUGUUUGAUUAUGUAGAAGGCUCAACAACUGAUGGGAUCAAAGUGCGAGUUUACUGUCAAGUUGGGAAGAGCAAUCAAGGGAAAUUUGCUUUAGAUGUUGCUGUGAAGACGUUGGAUGUUUACAAGAAAUAUUUCAAUGAGCCAUACCCUCUUCCAAAGUUGGAUAUGGUUGCUAUUCCUGACUUUGCUGCGGGUGCUAUGGAAAACUAUGGUUUGGUUACUUAUCGAGAAUCAGCUCUCCUAUAUGAUGAGCAUCACUCAGCAGCUGCCAAUAAGCAACGGGUAGCAACUGUGGUAGCACAUGAACUGGCACACCAGUGGUUUGGAAAUCUUGUGACAAUGGAAUGGUGGACUCACUUGUGGCUCAAUGAGGGGUUUGCAACUUGGGUGAGCUAUCUAUCUGCCGAUUCAUUAUUUCCUGAGUGGAAAAUUUGGACUCAGUUUCUUGAUGAGACAACUGGAGGUCUUAGAUUGGAUGCACUUGCUGAAUCUCAUCCUAUUGAGGUUGACAUAAAUCACGCCAAUGAGAUUGAUGAAAUUUUUGACGCCAUAAGCUACAUGAAGGGAGCCUCGGUUAUUCGAAUGCUGCAAAGUUAUCUUGGUGCAAAUGUUUUCCAGAAAUCAUUGGCAUUGUACAUAAAAAGAUUUGCAUGGUCAAACGCAAAGACUGAAGACUUAUGGGCUGCUCUUGAAGAGAUAUCGGGUGAACCUGUCAACUUGAUAAUGAACUCAUGGACGAAGCAGAAAGGAUAUCCUGUUGUUUCUGUAAAAGUUAGUGCCGACAGUCUGGAAUUUGAGCAGUCACAGUUUCUGUCAAGUGGAUUAACUGGCGAUGGACAGUGGAUGGUUCCUAUAACUAUUUGUUUUGGAUCGUAUGAUGCUCAGAAAAAAUUUCUAUUGAAAACAAAAAUCAAGAAGUUGGACAAGUUGGACUUUUCAGAUGCUUCGGAUAUUAGUCAUACCUUAGUGGAACAGGGAGGCCAAAGGAAAGGUGGCCAAUCUUGGAUCAAAGUCAACAUUGAGCAAACUGGUUUCUAUAGGGUGCAAUAUGAUGAUCAGCUGACUGCUGGACUUAGAUAUGCCAUAGAGGCAAAACAACUCUCUGAAACUGACAGAUUUGGUAUUUUGGAUGAUUCUUUUGCCUUGUGCAUGGCUUGCAAGCAGACAACAUCUUCCCUCAUUUCUUUGAUGUCUGCUUAUAGAGAAGAGCUCAGUUAUACAGUGGUUUCACAAAUGAUCUCGAUGAGUUACAAGCUUGCAAAUAUGAUAGCUGAGGCCACUCCAGAAUUAUUAAAUGAAACCAAACUGUUCUUAAUAAAUCUUCUCCAGUUUUCAGCAGAGAAGUUGGGCUGGGACCCCAAGGAAGGUGAGAGCCACUUAGAUGCCAUGCUUCGAGGGGAGAUAUUGACCGCUCUUGCUGAACUUGGGCAUGAAAGCACUCUACAUGAGGCAGUGAGGCGUUUUACUGCCUUCUUAGAUGAUAGAAAUACCCCACUCCUGCCUCCGGAUAUAAGAAGGCCUGCAUAUAUUGCUGUGAUGCAAACAGUCACUGCUACCAAUAAGUCAGGAUAUGAUUCUCUGCUGAGGGUUUACAAGGAGACAGACUUAAGCCAGGAGAAAGUGCGUAUUCUAGGUUGCUUGUCUUCUUGCCCUGACGCCGCUGUUGUUCUUGAUGUUCUGAAUUUCAUCUUGACACCUGCGGUUCGGAGUCAGGAUGUGGUGUAUGGACUCGGAGGAAUUAGUAGGAAAGGACGGGAAACCGCAUGGAUUUGGCUAAAGGAAAACUGGGAGUUCAUCUCAAAGACAUGGGGUUCUGGUUUUCUAAUCACUCGUUUUGUCAGUUCUAUCGUAUCACCGUUUUCAUCUGAUGAGAAAGCCAAGGAAAUUGAAGCAUUCUUUUCGACAAGAAUCAAACCUUCAAUAUCCCGAACACUGAAACAAAGCCUGGAGCGUGUCGGGAACAAUGCGAGAUGGAUCAAUUACAUUAAGAAUGACAAGGAACUCGGAGAAGUUGUGCGAGAGUUGGCAUACAGGAAGUAUUAGAUGCUAGGUUUCCAUCUCUAUUUAAUGCUAGUAGGGUAAAAUGAGAACAAAAAAAACACUCCUUUAUGAUUUGUCUUGAGAGGUUUUCUUCAAGAAUAAAUUGGACAUUACCUAUCUGCAUUUUCGGUAUUUUUGUUGGUUCUUUACCAAGCUUUUUAAGUUGUCUCUGUGAAUUUCAAUAACCACCUUAUACUCUCAGUAAUUUUAUAGUGUUUUUUUUUUU